ACACGCCCACUCGGAUAGGGGACCGUCAACAGUCAGGAUACCUGGUGAACUUGGCAGCGCUGGGCGUUUCCAAACGUCUCUGGGUUCGGCCAAAAAAAAAACACAAGUGGGUGGAGUCGCGGUGGAUCAUCGCCGGCCUCCACACGGGCCACAAGCUGCUCGCAACCCGAGAAGGACGCGCCGUCGACCCUCAAGGAAGCACGAAGGACGAUAUCACCAUGAGCAGAUGUCUGAUUAGCCACUUGGAGGUGCAGGGCUUCAUCGAGAGGUGCAUGACGGCCGUGGGCACCAAGCCGCACCAUGCUCGCAGCUUGGCCGAGGUGCUGGUGGAAGGAGACCACAGAGGCCACUACAGCCACGGACUCAACAGGAUGGACAUGUAUGUGAAGGACAUUCAGACCGGAAUCUGUGCCAAGGACGGCGAGCCGGUGGUGGAGAAGGAGAGUGUAGCCACAGCGCUGGUGGACGGGAAGAACCUCCUGGGCCCUGUGGUGGGAAACUUCUGCAUGAACCUGGCCAUGAAGAAGGCCAAAGAGGUCGGCAUCGGCUGGGUGGUGGCACAUGGUUCCAAUCACUACGGUAUUGCGGGAUACUAUGCAAUGCAAGCUCUGAAGGAAAACAUGAUUGGCAUGUCCUUCACCAACACAUCCCCACUGGUGGUUCCUACACGCGGCAAAGAGUGCACUUUGGGCACCAACCCCAUCAGCGUGGCGGCUCCGUCCAAAGACGGGGACAGUUUCGUUCUGGACAUGGCCACAUCAGCAGUAGCACUCGGAAAGGUGGAGCUCCACGAGAGGCGCGGAGACACCAUACCCGAGGGCUGGGGCUGUGACGCUCAGGGGACGCUGACGACGGACCCCAAGAGGGUCCUGAACGGAGGAGGGCUGGUGCCCAUCGGCGGCAGUGAAGCCACAGGAGGGUACAAAGGCUACGGACUGGGAAUGAUGGUGGAGAUGUUCUGCGGCAUCUUGGCCGGUGCAAAGUACAGCAAAAAUAUCCGCACGUGGAAAGUGACAGACCGCGUUGCCGACCUGGGCCAGUGUUUUGUGGCGAUCAACCCAGACAACUUUGCUGCCGGUUUCAACGACAGGAUGUCCGAGCUGCUGACCAUCCAGAGGGGGCUGGAACCUGCUGACGCCGAGAAACCGGUCUUGGCCGCUGGAGACCCGGAGAGGAUGAAUAUAAAGAAGUGUGAAGAGUUGGGUGGGAUUCCGUACCACAUCAAUGUUGUCAACUACAUGAAUGAAUGUGGGAAGAGAGUUGGUGUCAGCCCACUGCUGCCGUGUGACAAGCUCCUCCCCGACCAGUGAAUCAGUCCGGUCGGGAUUCUCAGCGUUGGAAAUCCUGCACUUCGCUCACCUUCACACUGAGUCGCUUGGGAUCACAGCUUAAUAUUCAUUCAAUAUGCAUGUCAAUAAUCGUAUUUCAUUCCGUUCAACCACACUUGCCUGGUAUUUGCAAAAUUUAAAAAAAAGUUGGCAAAAGUACUAAAACAAUGUUUUAGUACUUUUAACUGUUAAAGAAAAAAUCAAAUGUUGAAGGGACAUUUUGGAAACAUGUUUUUAUUUUUUUAUGUUUGCAGAUGCUUAAUCUGCAGACAUCAAAAAUCAAAACUUAAACGUGUCUUCAAGAUGCCGUAUCUCGGAAGCUCUUUCAUCACAGAUCUGACAGAUGGACGGCAGGAUGUGGAUGAUUUAAGAGACUGAGUGGCAGUGAUAUAGAAAGAUCCUUUAUUUUGUUAUGAACUCGACAGUUGGCUCAUUCCCUAUUACUAAGCCAUAAUUCAUUAUUUCUUUUGGUGACAACUGUGACUGCAAUUUUUAACUGUACAAUAAUGCAAAAAAUAUGAUGCAAAUCUUUGUUGUUGUAAUGCUUGAAAGCCUUUUUAAAUGGACUAUGGGGACCAUGUUUUGUACACUUGCACAAAGCGCAGAUUUUUCUUUUAACUUCAAUGGUCAUCAUAAAACAGCAUUCAGUUGUGCCUUAUUGAAAAAAAGCCAUAGAAAAGUCAAACUUGUAUUUCUAA